AUAUAAAAGUAAGAGAAUAGCAACCUGUAAAUGCUUUCCUUUUUGAGGUACAAUUAUUCUUCUUCCUAAAUUCUAUAUAUUACCAAUACCAUCAAGUGGAAAGUAUUAGUUAUACAUCCUAUAAUAUUAUGUAGGAUGCAUAAUUAAUACAUGAAUUAGUUAUAUAUAAGUCCAAAAUUUCUAUCAAACAUAAUAUUAAAUAAUAUCAUUCAUAAUACAUGCACUAUUUCUUCAAAUACUCCCUGCCAAACGAUCCAUCAAUGUGUUCGAAAGUAAAUUUGUGGAGUUGGUCUCUUACCGAUAGUAGAAUGGAUAUUUGGUUUUCUUAUACUCCUCCAAUUAUUACCGUACAAUAUCCCUUCUAUAUAUAACCGCUUUCCAUAUUCCCAUUUCAAAUCAAAACACUCCUCCUCCACUCUACGGACUCCAUAUCUACAAUGACUUCUACCUCUUUCCAUCAAUCUCCAUUGACGACGCCGGCCAAUACGUUUUCCCCCGGCAACAACUCUAUGCUGUCACCGUCGUGCGUCAGAUUCCGGCAAUCUUGUUCCUUCUCCGUUGCUGCGACUAGCUACACUUCUGUGACCACCUGCGUCCGCCCACUUUCUGCUUCUCCGGCUUCGUUUUACGAAAUUCUCGGAAUUCCGAUCGGCGCAACAAUCGAGGAGAUCAAGGCCGCUUAUCGGAGAUUAGCUAGAGUUUACCAUCCUGAUGUGGCUGCAAUUAAUCAGAAGAAAUCCUAUGCGGAUGAGUUCAUGAAGAUUCGUGCUGCUUAUUGCACUCUCUCCGAUCCAAACAAACGCGCCCAAUAUGACCGCUCCCUUCUCCCAAGGCGCCGGAGCGGUAAUUUGUAUUCUGCCGCUUACUCUCGCCGGAACUGGGAGACAGACCAGUGCUGGUAGACUAUUUCUUAUCUUGUGUUUGAUUUUGAUCAUUAAAAAUAUCUAAAACGAAAUAUACUUCACAAAUACUAUGAAAACCGGAAAGGUUGUGGACAAAGUUUUGAGGUGAAAUUAUAUUUUAAUCAUGCUACCGCACACAUUAAAAUCUCUUGAAUUACUAAUACUCCCUCCUUCUAACCAACGGUAGUUGUUCACUGUUGUCUUACGUAAGGAUUACGAAGUAGUGAAUGAUAAAAAUAAUUUUAUCAAAUCACAUUUAUUCAGUAUAA